AUGAAAUUAUUCAAUAAUUUCAUCACUAUGAAUGAUGAUUAUGAUCAAAAAUCCAAUUUAAUUGGUAUUGGUUAUUGUUGUUUCAAUAGGAUAUUAAUGGCUUAUGUCAAUAAUCAUACUACUAAUAAUAACAGUAGUAUUAGUAGUAGUACUAGUGAUUCCUCUGAUCGUAAUUCUAUAUGUAGUCAAUUUGUAUUGAAUGUAGAAUUAUUUGAUAAUAAUAAUGAGACUAUACGGUUUAAUGAUUAUAAAUAUGGAGAAUUUUCAUCCUUUGGGGCACCAAUUCAAUGUGAAUCUAAUUCAACCAUAUCAAUAGUUUUACGAUAUUUUAUUUAUGCAAAAGGAAAAAGAUGGUGAUUAGAUGUAGUCGACAGGAAACCCUGGACCAGUGUUUCUUGCUAAUUAGCACUCGUCAGCAAGGUGUACUUGUAAUCUUGAGGCAACUGGUGGCCACAUUGCAACAUGUUCGAUAGCAUUCGAUCUGCACUAAAUAAGGACUUGACACGCAUAACAUUGAUCACCA